CCGGAAGUGGAUGGAGACGUGUUUUUCUUUUGUUUUCUUGAAAUCAGCAUGAGGAGAAUUCACUUGGAAAACCCGCAGAUUUCUUUCUUGUAACAGUUAAACAAUUGCGGUGGAGUCAAAAUUCGCCAGAAGACAUGCGAAGAUGAAGAGGGGAAAUCGGCGUCAUUAAAUGAACAGUUUGACGCGGGAGACAUGUCACGGAAACGACAAGUGAUGCUUUUGUCCAUCUCCCCCCACCCAAGUGGCGUCUGUCGCCGUGAAGAUCGGAGCGGCGUGGCAGUGCCGGCCCGAAGGCCGCCGCCUGGCAGACGUGGUGCAGGCGUUCGACGAUGGCGACGAUGGCGACGGCGAUGAGGAACACAAGCUGAGGCAGAGACUCGGGUAAGACGCCGCCUGCUGCUGAGCCGCUUAGGAAAAGAGAACAGCGGUCAGAACCAACCGAAGCGAGAUGCCACUUCAGGGGAAAAAAACAAAAAAAGCGCACUCUACAAUACUGUGGUCUUUAGAAACAUACAGUCACGACAUCAUUUUCAAUGUGUGUUGUGCCGCUCCUGGUGUGUACACUUUGGCCACCUGAGGGCAGUAUAAGACAGACGUCCAGAUACGGUAACCUCGACACGCUUAAUAUUAGUGGUUCUACGCGGAGGAUAAAGAAUUUAUGCCCGCGAGAACGGUUAUAUUGUCUGUGUUCGUGCGUCGCUCGGCCGUAACCCGGCGCUCGCCGCCCUCGACUCUCAGGGACGGCGGCGUCCUGUUGGAGCGGGCGGACGGCGGCGGCGCCGCCGCGGAGCCGUGCGUCCUGACGCUGAGCUGCGGUCCCGCCGCCAUCAGCCGCCUGACGCUCGUCAGCGAGGCUCGCACCAUGGAGGUGUACCUGCCCACGGGCGAAUACUGCGCCACGGUCCGGGGGGACGAGCAGGACCACGUCCGCCAUGGCGACAGAGGACCUUUCUACAGGAAGCAGCUGAGCCUGGACGGCGCGCCGUCGUCAUGUGACGUGAAGCUGCUGUCUCUGUCGGGUCGAAGCAGCGUGUUGCUGUGCGGCGCGGUCGUGGGGCUCCGCCCGCCGCGGCCCGGCCCGGCCCGAGACGGCGGCGCCGUCGACCUUCAGCGGGUCCGGAGUCUGGUGGACGAGAUGGGCGCCGGCCUGUCGCCCGGCGCUCAGAACCUCAUGGACGAGGUGCGCCUCCAGCAGAAGGCUGCAGCGGACUCGGCCCCCGACGCGCCCGCGCCGGACGGGCGCCGGCUGGCAGAGAUGAUGCGCCACGUCCUGAAGGGCGGCGGGGGGCGCCCGGGCGCCGCCCCCCCCGAGAUGCUGCGCGAGGUGUGCGGUCAGGUGACGCGGCUCCGACUGGACCGGGAACAGGACCGGGACCGCACGCAUCUUUGUUUGUCUCGAAGUAGCCGACGAUUGACCGGCGACCAGUUUGCUGUUGGUCUCGGCCACAGCGCUAAAAGUAGUGCUUUGCCGCCAUCCUGUGGCAUCUCGCUGCCAAAGAUCUACAUUGAAGGCUGCGGACGCGUGGAUGGAGCGCCGCCUGGAGGAGAUGGAGCGCCGUCUGAAGGAGCACGUGGACCGCCGCCUGGACGCUCUGGAGCUCAAGCUGGAGAAAGCGCUGCUCGCCGCCCUCCAGCGGGGGGCGUCCACGGACCCGGCGCCCGUUGACCCGGCGGGAGGGCGCCCGGCGGCGCCCUGACCGAACAAAGACACGGAGCCAAAAGUCUGCACUAACUAACUAACUGAUGUAACCCGUUCGUGGAGUACGACGCUACCUUGACUUAACAGCGCCACAACUUACGAGUUUUUCGAGUUACGAGCCAUCGCUGGGUCAAUUUUUGGGGGUUUGUUCAAAAUAUGGAUUUACGAGCGAGCUUCAGAUACACUCGAGUGAAGCGGGGGGGGGGAACGACGCGCUUUGUUGAACGGGACCGCAAAUCCCAAAUGAACACGCGCGCAAGGAGCAUGACGCAAGACGCAAGACGCUGGCCCUGAACUAAGCCGGCGGUAAAUUGCGUCUACGUCAACCGACGAGCAAAAAAAAAAAAAAAGAUACAUUUGCUCAAGGUAACAAUGGAAAAAAGAAAUAUACACCUUGUACGUGUUUUUCAGAUGAGAUGAAGAAUUUUUCAACGCUGUAAAAUAUUUGACUUCUUCCGAUCUGUUGCGUCGUCAUCCGUAAUUGUCCACCUCGUUUUUCCGCCGGUGCCCCAGAACUCCAAACUGAAAUUUCACUUGAAAUGAUCCAAAUCCUCGCAAUGUCAGCAUCUCAACAGAAUGAUUGAUUAACGUUUUGGUUUUCGAAAUAAGACAUUUCUCGGAAAACAAUGAGAAACAUUUUUGCCCAUUUUCUGACAAAUUGUUACGAUCUAAACCAGAAAAGGAAUCAUAAUCAAUUCGUGUUUGUGCAUUUUCUGCACUUUCAAUGAAAAGUAAUGUCCCGUUUUUAAUCUUAUCCCAAAAAGAAUAGUCAAAGUGCAGAUAGCUGAAAAAUGGUCUCAAGAACCGGUCGGCAGCGCACCGGCGUCGCACUUGAGCGUUACAGGAAAUGAACCAGAGUGACGUGAGCUGACGUAUUGUCGACUUCUUAAUAAAUAAACAUGACAUCGUACGGACGUUUCGCUUGUCGCGGUUUCGCCGACCCAGACGACGAGCCCACUGGGCACGAUAGCGUUAUAAAGACUCGUUAAAAAUACAAAAAAAGAAAUGCGCGUCUCACACGCAAUCGAAAGUAGGCGUUUGAAAAGCUCUUUGAUUUGUUUCACGGUUCGUGGUUGUCGAUUCGAUUCAAGGACGAUCUGAAAUGAUUCAGUAACUUUUGAGGCAAAGAUUCCAGCGGCGUUCGCCAACCUGUCGUGAGGAAAACCCGCUGGAAAGAUUUCGCCAACUGAUGCUUGCGUUUUGGUUCCGGCGGAUUCUACAGCAACUUUGAGGCUUCGAGUGUGACAAGUGUGAUUAAAAGUGCUAAAAGACACUA